AUGUUUGAAUGCUUAGCAGAUAUAAAUAGUGAACCUAUAAUUCCUCCUACAAGUAAUUUACCGAUCACUAAUUUAUUACUUCCAAUUUCAAUUAUUGGAUGUUUAGCAGAUAUAAAUAAUGAACCCAUAAUUUCUCCUACAAGUAAUGCUAAUAAUAAAAUAAAAAAAUCUCGCCGAAAUAAAUGGAAAAAUAAUAUUGCUAGGACUAGUUAUAAAAGUUUACAAGAAAUGUUUAUAUUUGAAUGGUUGGCAGAUAUAAAUAGUGAACCAAUAAUUCCUCCUACAAGCAAUGCUAAUAAUAAAACAAAAAAAUCAUGCCGAAAUAAACAGAAAAAUAAUAUUGCUAGAACUAGCUACAAAAGUUCACAAGUAAUGUUUAAUAUUAAAGAAGAAGAUCGAGAUAUAAAUAGUGAACCAAUAAUUCCUUCUACAAGCAAUGCUAAUAAUAAAACAAAAAAAUCCCCCCAAGAUAAACAAAAAAAUAAUAUUGCUAGAACUAGCUACAAAAGUUCACAAGAGGCUGAUGAUAAUGAUGAGACUGAAGUAAUGUUUAAUAUUAAAGAAGAUCAAGAAACAAUGAUGUUUGAAUGUUUAGCAGAUAUAAAUAGUGAAUCUAUAAUUUCUUCUACAAGUAAUGCUAAUAAUAAAACAAAAAAAUCCCCCCAAAAUAAACAGAGAAAUAAUAUUGCUAGAACUAGCUAUAAUAGUUCACAAGAAGAUGACUUGGCCGAAUGUAUUAAGAAUAAUAAGAAACGUCGAGACCGAUGGUGGUUUAUAAAAAUAUAA